CUCGACGUUAUCGAUCAUCAGCUGGUACGUACGGUAGCGGCGACAAGCACGGUGGCAUGCAGGGCGCUACCGGCUCGGGGGUACGGGUUGCUGUUUUCCACUAAACUUUCACCGCGACUUAGUUCUCCUCCAUCAAGAUUCGUUUCCCGUUGACUAUAGAUGCAUUGGGACCGUCGAUAGUUUAUGCUUGAGCUAUCCGAAAGGAAAAUACUGCCCACACUACAAAGUCAGCAUCUAAAUUCCUACGGAGUCAUGCAUGCAGUGGUGGUGUUAUGCACAUGACCCACGUGUUCAACUACACACAGUUCAAAAGUGCGAUGCUACAGCCUACAGUACUCGGUAACACUGCUAAAGCAAUGUAAAGUGCUAUAGUGGAGUGCUGCUAAACUUGCGUGCUUAUCGUGACUGGGACUGGUAAUACGUGCCCAUGUUGUUGUCGAAGUUAUAAUCGGGUCUUCACUUACAUAAUUCAGCAACGGACAUAUCUAAAUGAAGCUGUGAAUACGUGAAGCCAAGGAAAUGAUUUAUUCUUCCAGUUGCGAUCGGUAAAUUCCAAUUUUCGUAGAAUUUGGCAGAAGUAUCAAUAUAUAAAUCUGGUAAAAAAAAUAAUGGUAAUUUUUUUUUUAAGUUGUAAACAAAACCGACAUGACCAAAUAAACAGUGAACGCAAGAUGUCAUCCAUAAAUUAUCAUGCUAAUGUGAUCACAUAAAUUCUUUCAUGAAUAAACAUUUCAUAACUCCCAAAACUGUAACUUUAAGGACAUGCUGAUCAAAAGUUGAGGUCUCUACUACAAAAGUCACAGGAACUUUUUGAGAAACGUGUGGAUUUUUGUACGAGAAACGAUGGCCUCAUCAAGGAUAGCCAAAGGAAAAACUUUGAAGCGGACGGGAUCUUCAAGCAAGCUGAAGGAUCUCCCUCCACCAGAGACUCCCCAAGAGCGGAAGUAUAAGCUUGAUGACUUUGAUAUGCUGUCUAUACUUGGUACCGGUACUUUUGGUCGUGUUCUCCUAGUAAAAGACAAGUCUGCGAAGGAGUACAUGGCACUGAAGGUUCUCACAAUAGCGGAUGUUGUUCGGUUAAAACAAGCCGACCACGUGCUGAGUGAAAAGAGGAUACUAAUGUCCAUAAAACAUCCCUUCAUUGUUAAUUUAAUUUGGGCGUACCACAACGACACAUUCCUGUACAUGCUUCUAGAGUACGUCUGUGGUGGUGAACUUUUCACAUAUCUACGCAGCAUGGGUCGAUUCAAAGCCUCCGUCGCCAAGUUCUUCACAAUCGAGAUAACAUCCGCACUUGAUUACCUACACAAAGAGGACAUUGUCUACCGGGACUUGAAACCCGAAAACAUUUUAAUUGAUCGUGAGGGUCACGUUAAGCUCACAGAUUUCGGAUUCGCGAAGAGGUUAAAAGACAGGACGUGGACGCUUUGCGGCACUCCUGAGUACCUUGCGCCAGAGAUUAUCCAGAGUAAAGGGCACGGUAAAGCAGUAGACUGGUGGGCGACGGGAAUUCUCAUUUAUGAGAUGCUGGUUGGGUACCCUCCCUUUUUUGAUGACAACCCCUUUGGAAUUUACGAGAAGAUCCUGGAAGGCAAAAUUGACUGGCCAAAACAUCUAGACAAAGACGCACGAGAUUUGAUCCAGAAGUUACUAGUCAUUGACCGGACGAAGCGCAUUGGCUGUAUGGUGAACGGCAGUGAUGACAUCAAGAACCACGAUUGGUUCAAGGGCACCGACUGGGAUGCGGUCAGAAGACGGCAUCUCAAACCACCCAUAAUUCCCACGGUAACGCAUGAUGGAGACACCCAGAACUUUGACAAGUACGAUGAUGACGGCUGGCGAGAGUCGGAGGCAGUAACUGCCGACAUCCAAGAACUGUUCCGAGAUUUUUGAUGACGGCUUUGGAGCGGGCUCGACUUUAGACAGACCUAUAGAUCAUUUUCACUUCUGUGUAUUUAGACGGAAGGGUUAUUUUGUUUUCUGGAGUAAUUUUGUCUCAUCAGUUACUCUGAACAAAAUUUAUGUGCACACAAAAAGUACACAUUUCAGGUUGUCCAUGCAUAGUUACUUGGCGCUGUAUAUGAGGGACAAAUACUUAAAGCAACUUACUGCUGGGUUUACUUAGAGUUGUAUUCUUUGUGCUAUUUUCGAGUUUCAUCCCGAAAAUAGAUUCCAUUUCUAUGUUUGUUUUCUUUUCUAGCAAUAAACACCCUACAUUUUGAAUUAUUGGCAGCCAGACAAUAAUUCUGCUCUCGCAGAGUAGGCUGGUUCCCGCCCCACAAUCAGUAUUGAUAAUGUGUGGACCGGGAGCCAGUCUGCCCACAAAGCGGAUCUAUUUGUGCCCAAACAAAACCAAAAAAUUCAGAGAGUUGUAGAAAUGCAAACAACAAAAAAGGAGAUUAUUUUUUUGAAAUAAAACAUUAAAAAACUAGCUGAAAAUUUGUAAAUAGGAAAAAAAAUACUCAGAUUUGUUGAAGAGCACGUGACACGUGGAAUGCAACUUUAAGAUCAUUUACUGCAGUUUUACAAGGGUCCAGUUCAUCAAAAGAGACAACUACCUAAAGCAGACAGUGUGUUUUUUGGGCUAUCUAAGCUAUUUCAGGUCAAGCAAAAAUUAAAAAUCAACACAGGGUCAUAACAGUUGGCCAGGUGCGCAUGCUGGGGUAGUUGCCAGAUACGCAGCACCAAUAAUUAAAGCCCGUUUGUAUUGGACUUAAUUUUGUAAAAAGUUGCUGUGAGUGUUUGCUAACAUUCCAUUGUGGUUAUUCUACCGUGCAUCUGCACUUUAUUUAUGGCCCGCGGAAAGUCAUUUGUAACGCAAAACUAACAAUGUAAUUCUUCUGCAAACCAGUUGGCCCUUUUAAACUAACCGUUGUGUAGCGUAUAAACUUACAACGGACAGUUGACACUUGACAAUUUGAGAAGUUUGUCAACAAUGGACUUACAUGUCUG